CUGAGGUUUUCUGUGCUGUGCCCAGGCAUUGAAGGUGAUGAAUCAGAUACUGACAUUUGCUGAAUCACAAAUAAGGUUCCUAAUAAACUCCAUUCAAGGGUUCUCCUGCAAAGGAUGGAAUUUCAAGCAGAUUUGGAGGAAGAUAUUAAUCUCCAAGACAACACUUCACAGAUUGCUCACAACUUUUCUGCCUUUGAUCCUAGCAGCAAUGUCACCUAUGCUAAUGUUAUAAUGCCAACUGUAUUUGGAAUCAUCUGCUUGUUUGGUAUCAUUGGCAACAGUGUUGUCAUUUACACUGUGUUCAAGAAGUCGAAGUUCCGGUGCACCAGCAGUGUUCCCGAUAUAUUUAUCAUUAACCUCUCUGUGGUCGACCUGCUCUUCCUGCUUGGAAUGCCCUUCUUAAUCCACCAACUGCUCGGAAAUGGAGUUUGGCACUUCGGAGAGACCAUGUGCACCCUUAUCACAGCUCUGGACACCAACAGUCAGUUUACCAGCACAUAUAUACUUACAGCCAUGUCUAUAGAUCGAUACCUUGCCACUGUUUACCCCUUUACAUCGGCCAAGUACAGAAAGCCACCUAUUGCUAUCAUGGUAAUAUGUAUCCUUUGGGUGCUGUCCCUGCUCAGCAUUACCCCAGUAUGGAUGUAUGCUAGACUAAUUUCUCUGCCUGGAGGAGUCCUGGGAUGUGGAAUCACCCUCCCCAACCCAGAAAGUGAUAUAUAUUGGUACACAUUGUAUCAAUUCUUUCUGGCAUUUGCUAUUCCGUUUGCAGUAAUCUCCCUGGCAUACAGAAGAAUCUUGCUAAAAAUGGCAACUUCCGAGGCUCUAACGGCGCAAAGGAGUUCCCGAAUCAGGACAAAGAAGGUUACAAGGACAGCGAUAGCCAUCUGUUUGGUUUUCUUUAUUUGUUGGGCCCCAUUCUACGUACUGCAAAUAAUCCAGUUGGUGAUGAACCAACCUACAUUAGCAUUUCACUACGCUUAUUGCGUGGCAAUCAGUAUGGGCUAUGCAAACAGCUGUAUAAACCCCUUUAUCUACAUCAUCUUGUGUGAGACCUUCAGGCGAAGGUUCAUCGUCUCAGUACGACCAGUAGAGGACCAUCCGCAGAGAGGGAGGAUGAAAUUCCGCACAGAUCCUCCGUCUGGCAGCGGGCAACCUUUACUUCAACUUGCGCCUGUUUCUACAGGCAGCUAACCAAAUCAUGCAGUGCGUGUAAGGACCUGAAAAUUGACUUGGUUAUUUAAUAUUUAAGAAAUAGGCUUUUUUUUUU